AUUAAUUAGGGCAUCACUCUGAUAACCGGCCGAUAUAUGUUCUUACCGCGAAAUGCCCCCCCUCCGGGCGAUCCACAGCUAUCCUUGCAAGUCCUCCAAAUUCAGAAUUACUUCUAUGGCCCCAUUAGCAGGCAAGCGCUCCACGGCCUGGCAGACGACUCGAUCCUGCCGUUGCUGGAACAGUUCGAAAAGAAUUAUCAGCCAUUCCCUUUAUCGUCCGCCUCUCCCAAGAUCACUCAGGAGGACCUUGAUUUCUUCGGCCACAUAAUGAAGAUCGACCCGAGACAGCGCCCAACUGCAAAGGAGAUUUCGGGGCACCCAUGGUUCAAUGGUGUUUAGAAGUCCACAGCUAUUAGCUCAACGGCCCCUCAUUGACUAUGGGUUGAUACGCGUACUCAUCAUCAAGUUCAGCUCUAGUAAUAUGCAGGCUGAAUUAACAAGACAAAGGAGGACAUGAAAAGAUUGCUUUGAGCUUCCAAUGACCAUGCUAGGCAGCGAUGUUCUGCCUGCCUUCCGA